AUUUUAGUCAUGAAUUAAUUGGAUGUCCAAAGAAAAGAAAAAUCCGUACGUCUGGUUCGGUAUGUCGGUUUCAUGAACAGAAAGGCAUUAAGAGUAUAAAAACGAUAAAAGCACACCCCGGAGUUUUUGCUUGAGGAAGGAUCCACACACACACAGAAGAAUCUCAUCAACAAUUAGUCAUGGGUUGGGUUUGGAGAGACGAUUCUUCCGCUUCCGACGCCGGUUACGAUGUCACCGAUCAGCCACUCGGAAAUUCCGCCGCCGACGGCAAUUGCUCCACCUCCACGGUGGUAAGAUCCAAGUGCAAGACGGAGGAGGUCGAGCCUGGAAAAUUCGUAAGGAAGUGCGACAAAACCGAGGAGAUCCUCCGCCACUGUUUUGGGAAGCCCUCUGAAGUUGUUCAAUCCACAACAGAGCACACAGAAGAGGAUGUGACUGACCAGAUGGUGAGAAGAUCCGCUCUCCCGAAUCAGUUUGAGGAAAAUCCGCUAAACUUCCCGGGACUCCGCAGCGAUGUAGACGCCAUAGAACGCCAUUUCUUUAGCGGAAUGAAGAGUUUCUUCGAAGCAGCGGAAGAGAUGAAAAGCAGCUUGUUCGAUAUCAUGGGAGACCAUCACUCAAGCACCAGGAGAGGGAUACCCUUUGAAGACCGUCCCAAGUUAGAGGACCAUCGCAAUGACGAGAAAGCCCCUAGACAGUCCUAUUCCUCGGGAGAAAUUGAUCUCUCGGGCUUGGCCAAGGACGUUUGAGAAAGCGCUUUUGUCAUUUUCUUUUUGUUUGUUUCGUUAACAUGUCUAAUCUUAUUAACAGGUCUUAUGUUAUGGAUUGGAAAACAUUGGCUUAGAGCCUAAUUUUAAUAAAGUACUUAUAAAAACUUAUAAAAUCUAAUCAAUAUUGCUUGUAAA